AUGAAUGAAACUUUAGAGACUCGGGCUAAGAACCUCACCAGUGAGCUUGAGAAGUCCUCUAGAAGAGUCAGCGAGUUGACCAUUGAGAAAGAGACCUUAGACAUCCAAGUUAAGAACCUUCUGUGCGAUCUAGAAUAUUCUAAGUCUCAAUUGCUUGCCUUCUCUAGUGGUUCUGAAAAGUUAGAUAACAUUUUAGGAAUGGGCAAGCCGGCUAAAAAUAAGGGAGGUCUAGGUUUUAAGGAAAACGAUGCUAGUACUUCAAAUACCAUGCUUAUCCCUGCUACUGACUCGCCUAAACAUGUGCCUAACCCCGAUUUUAAGGAUAAGAGAUUUGUUAGACAGAGUAGGACCCGUCGACCUAGGAAUAGAAAUCAUCGUCCACAUAACAUUGGUCCUAGAUUUAUCCCUACAUAUUUUCAAUGUGGUGAGUUAGGACACAUAAAGCCUAAGUGUUAUCAUUUCUUGAACAAGAAUAGAAAUCGGGACUUAAAUAGAAAUAAGUAUCAGGAUUAUGUUGGUCAGAUUAACUUCCUUACUAAUCAGGUAAGUAAACUGGCCACAUUAAUGAUACAGACGACCGGAAAUAUUCCUGUCACUAGGCAAGUUCGGGUGAAGAAAAGUGAUCUGAAAAAAUUGUGA